CAAGGAUACAAAGUGGGGCUGUGGCACAGAUUGCUUAGAAGCGCGGGGCGAGCACCGCAGCUCCUGUACUGCCGUGGGUAUCCUUCCCUGGAAGCACUCAGCUGAUCCCUGCAGGAAUGGCCCCGGGGCUCAGUGCUUCUCCACCAGUUGUGCUUCUGCUCCUGUCCCUGCUGGGUCUGGCUGCUGCUGGGAAGCUCCUGGUGGUAUCGGUGGAUGGGAGUCCGUGGCUGAGCAUGCGGGAGGUGCUGGACAUGCUCCAGCAGAAGGGACAUGAGGUGGUCGUGGUGGCACCUGAAGUCUCCAUCCACAUGAAACCAUACAAGAACCUUGUGAUGAAAAUGUACUCGGUCCCCUUCACACAGGAAGAUAUGGACAAAGCAUUCAAGGCAUUUUUUCAUAUCACAUUUGAAGAAGGAUCUUUUCUGGAAAGAUAUUUCAAAGUAUUUGAAGCUGUGAAAAGAUUCACUGAUUUUGGGUUCUCCAGCUGUAGACAUCUCCUGCAAAACCAAGAGCUCGUGAGCUAUCUUGAGGAGAGCAAGUUUGAUGCCAUCCUUACAGACCCUGUAAUACCUUGUGGGGUGAUCCUGGCUGAGCAUCUUUCACUUCCUUCUGUGUUCUUCUUACGUGGAAUCCCAUGUGGGUUAGAUUUUGAAGCCACUCAGUGUCCCCAUCCUCCUUCCUAUGUCCCCAGGGGAUUUACAGACCUUACAGACCACAUGACCUUUUUCCAGCGGGUGAAGAAUCUGCUAUUUGACACCCAAAACCUUUUCCUCUGUAGUUUUGCCUAUGACCCAUUCACAAAGCUGGCUUCAGAGUUCCUGAAGCGGGAGGUGACUUUGCAGGAUCUCUUACGGAAGGGCUCUGUUUGGCUCCUGAGGUUGGAAUUUGUGCUAGACUAUCCAAGACCCUUGAUGCCCAACAUCAUUCCAAUUGGAGGAGUAAACUGUGCUCACAAGGAGCUGCCCCAGGUGGGUCACACUCUGUUUUGAAUUUGUGCUGUGAUGGAUUUCUGUGUUCAGGAGCCUUUAAUCCUGUGUUGCAGGUGGGAAUUGAGGUCCCAUAACGUGUGGUUGUAUGAAUGCUCAUGAAUUUUUCUCUCCCUUUCCAUUUGUAGGCAGCAGUCCUCUACCUUCCCACCUCCAAAGCGUGCUCUGCAUUUACUCUUUUCAUUUCACGUAUUCAGAGCCAUUUUGUAUAACUUUGUCUAACUUGGUACUCUCGUAGUGAGUGACCAACGAGUCUGUGUGGGGCUGCCAAGGGCUUGCAGUCAGGUGUAAUCCCUAAUUAGCAAAUUGUUCUAGUUGGGUCUGGUGUUUACUGAGAAAUGCACCUCAGGCUUGUGUCCUUGUUGCCU